UAAAUGAAGAAUGAAUCUGCUCUUCAUUAACUUCCAUCUUUCUUAUUUUCCUUAAUUAACAUGUCUCUUUGAUCUUCUUCUUCAUCUCUUUAAUUUAUAAUCUUCUUCAAUAUUAAUUCAUUAAUGGUUCCUUCCCCUUUGAAUCUGAUGAAUCUAUCACUAAUUGAUCAUCAUCAUCAUCAUGAUCAACAACUCUCACCCUCAAACCUUCAAGUUUCUUCUUCUUCAUCAUCAUCUUCUUUAUCUCUUCAUCCUUUCAUCAAUCCACAACAACUGCAAGCUGAUCAGAGCGGAUCACAUGAUCAUGAUCAUCCUCCAUUAAUCAACGGUUUAAAUGAUAGUUCACUUUGGAAUAGCGAAAACACAAAUAAGAGUUUGCCCACAAAGAUAAGGUUUACUGGAAGGAUGUUGAACACGAGUUGGAGUACUACUCCACAAACACAAAAUCAUAACCCUAAUACGAAGAAGCUCGAAGAUAACAACAAUAUCUCUAGUAAUACUAAUGUGACUAGCACCACCCCGGUUAGGGUUUGCUCGGAUUGCAAUACAACCAAGACCCCUCUAUGGAGAAGUGGGCCUAGAGGUCCUAAGACACUAUGCAAUGCAUGUGGUAUUCGUCAAAGGAAGGCGAGGAGGGCAAUGGCGGCAGCUGCUGCUGCUGCGGGGAAUGGAUCGAGUGAGACUAGGUCUAGUACUCCAGUGGUGAAGAUCAUUACAAAGGUUCAAAACAAAAUAGAGAAGAAGAGAUCAAGCAAUGGACAAGAUCAAUACUUGUUGCCAUACAAUAAGAGGUUUAGAGAUGAUAUUAAUAAUAGUAAUAAUGAUGAUCAUGGAAUUACAAAGGGGCUUUGUUUUGAAGAUUUCUUCAUGAGCCUCACUAAGAAGUUGGCUUUCCAUAGGGUGUUCCCAAAGGAUGAGGAAGAGGCUGCCAUCUUGCUCAUGGCUCUUUCUUCGGGUCUUCUUCAUGGUUGACCUUUGUUUAAUUAGUUUCUAUUUUAUAUAUUAUAUAGAUUGAUGAGUGUUAUUAGAAAUAAUUAAGGUUAUAUUUUUGUUAAGUGAUUUUGUGGAUGAUCUAAUUAAAUCCAAAAGUAACGUACGUGGUCCACUUUAAUAAAAUUUUGUCAAGGUUUGAGAGAUUGUCAGAUCUACAUAAUUUGUCAUAUUACACAUCUUUUUUAAAUGGCCCUGAAUUUUCCCUGCU